AUGGCGCAGACUGGAGUCAACCCAAAUGCAGCAGCUGCUGCAGAUCUGUUGAGACAAGCCGUGGCUCAAAAGUAUGUCCCGAUCUUUUCCUUUGAGCCAUCAAGUUUCGUGUCGGGAAAGAGCUGUGUAUGGCUGGCCAUGUGGAUGGCGGGGUUGAUUCUACCCCAGCCUCGGUUUUGA